AUGGCUGAUAUGGUGGGAAAGGCGGGCUCGACUGGGGCUCUCGAGGAUAUUGUCGAAGAAGCCAUGAGGCCUGUAAAAAACCUAAGCACCGAGGUUGAAGAUGUUGAUGUAGCAGAGAAGGGCGUUACCGAGCACAUUAAUCUGAAUAAAAACCUUUCAGCAAAGGUUAAAAACCCUCUUGCAGAUCUCACUGAGACUCAAGUUCUUCGUGAUGUGGAAGUAUUUGCCCACGAGUACAACUUGACCGACAUACUGCCUGAUUUGCGCAAGGGCUCUCUCAUUGCCCGUGAUCCCGACAACUUCAGGGCCCUUCCUGACAUGACCCCAGAGGACAUAUUGGUUAUCCAGAAUGAAACCGAGCACAAAUGGCGCCAACCUGUUGCUCUCUAUUUUAGCAUCAUUCUUUGCUCCAUUGGGGCCGCCGUUCAAGGCUGGGACCAAACUGGCAGCAAUGGCGCCAAUCUUAGUAUGCCCGAGAUGCUUGGCAUCCCGCAACAUGACAACCCUAAUGCUGAGCUAAACCAGUGGCUCGUUGGUAUCAUCAACGCUGCUCCCUAUAUUGGUAGUGCUGUUAUCGGAUGUUGGCUAUCUGAUCCCUGCAACUAUUAUCUCGGCCGUCGUGGCGCAAUCUUCAUUUCGGCCAUCUUCUGCCUUCUCACCCCCAUCGGCCAGGGCCUCAGCCAGACAUGGCCUCAACUCAUUGUCACCCGUGCCCUCCUUGGUAUUGGGAUGGGGUUGAAAGCCUCAACUAUCCCGAUUUUCUGCGCCGAGAACACGCCCGCGUCCGUUCGCGGUGGCCUGGUGAUGUGUUGGCAACUAUGGACUGCGUUUGGUAUCUUCUUGGGUACCACUGCAAACCUGGUAGUAAAGGAUAUGGGAGAGGAUAUAGCCUGGCGUAUGCAAAUGGGAUCUGCUUUUAUCCCCGCCGUCCCACUUUUGCUCGGCGUCUACAUGUGCCCCGAAUCCCCUCGUUGGUACAUCAAGAAGGGAAAGCUCCGACCAGCCUACAAAUCCCUCUGUCGGCUCCGCAAUUCACCACUUCAAGCUGCCCGCGAUCUGUACUAUAUCCACGCUCAAAUUAGAGUCGAGCAGCAAAUCGCUGGUCAUGGUAACUACCUCUCCCGCGUUGUUGAGCUGUUUACUAUCCCUCGUGUCCGGCGUGCAACCCUAGCUUCGUUUGUUGUCAUGAUCGCUCAACAGAUGUGCGGUAUCAACAUUGUUGCAUUCUACAGCAGCACCAUCUUUUCAGAAGCUGGUGCAUCCGACCAGUCGGCUCUCUGGGCCUCCUGGGGAUUCGGACUGGUUAACUUCGUGUUUGCAUUUCCCGCUGUCUGGACCAUUGAUACAUUCGGACGACGGAGCCUGCUCCUCUUUACCUUCCCGCAGAUGGCUUGGACUCUACUGGCAGCUGGUUUCUCAUUCUACAUUCCCGAGGACUCAAAGGCACACCUUGGAUUAAUCGCCAUGUUCGUGUUCUUGUUCGCCGCGUUUUACUCUCCGGGUGAAGGCCCUGUUCCCUUCACUUACUCCGCCGAAGUUUUCCCCCUCUCUCAUCGUGAGGUUGGAAUGGCCUGGGCGGUAGCAACAUGCCUUGGUUGGGCCGCUGUUCUUGGCAUCACUUUCCCACGCAUGCUCGCAGCCCUAACUCCCCAGGGCGCCUUCGGCUUCUAUGCUGGACUCAACGUUAUAGCCCUCAUUAUGAUCUUCAUCUGGGUUCCCGAGACCAAACAACGUACGCUUGAAGAACUCGAUUACAUAUUUGCUGUUCCCACACGCAAGCAUGUGCGAUACCAGGUGUUCGAGGUUCUCCCAUGGUGGAUCAAGCGCUAUAUCUUCCGUCAGAAGAAUGCGCACCUGGAGCCACUGUACAAGUUCGACCAUGUGGCGACUAGCUGA